GUAACAGAAAAGAGACCAUCGAUCUCGAGAAGAGAGUAGUCCUUCGAGUUUCUCUUCCGAAAGGACGUCGGUAACACAGCUACCAUGGCGGUAGAGUCAAGAUGGAUGCCGUGUCAGCUGAAAAUCGAGCCGAACAUCUGCAGCUGCGACUACGAUGGUAUAAUCCUGGUGUCGGGCUGCGCACCGGGGUUCGAUGAGCCUGAGCCGUUCAAAACGGUGCUGUUCAGCGCUGCCCAGAUCGAUUCCGCUCUGGGCGUGAUCGGUGCGGUUUUGUCCAUCAAUUUGCCCGCGAAAAGGCUCAUUUACAGUCCGACCGGGCCGCUCAACAUGGAUUACCAUGACGUUCGCAGCUUCGCCGAGGCGGCCACUAAAGGCGUCAAAAGAGCGUUGAAGGCUGGCGUCAGGUGUCCGCUGCUUGCGCUUCUACCAGACAUCCGCUUCGAGAACGUCGAGCUGGUCACGCUUCUUGGAGCUCUAGAAGGCCUCUACGUACCGUUGGAGGUUCGAGAAACAUGCCCAGACCGAUGCUACAAGGCGUGUCAACUGGCCGUAUGGAGUCCGAUUUGCAGUAAAAAGCUUCAGGGUAUCGUGAAGCUGGCCUCGGCGCUCGAGAGCGGAAGAUACGUGGCGAGGGACAUCGGUGGCGCAGAUCCCGAAAGAAUGGCACCCCCAAGAGUCGAAGAGUACCUUGCGGAGUUGUUCUGCGGUACGAACGUGACGAUGCAGGUUGUGUCCGACCAGGAAACUCUGCUGCAGGAAUAUCCUCUGUUCGCGUGCGUGAACCGUGCAGCCUCCAUGAUACCCCGACACGCGGGUAGAAUUAUCUUUCUGACUUACGAGCCGCCUAAUCCUGCCUGCAUCCUGGAAACGGUUAUGCUCGUGGCUAAGGGUGUCACUUACGAUACCGGCGGCACCGACCUUAAGGUCGGCGGCUCGAUGUUCGGCAUGUCGAGGGACAAAUGCGGAGCAGCAGCCUGCGCUGGAUUCAUGCAGGUGGUGAAUUUGCUGCAACCACCGACGGUGAAGGCUGUGGCGGCUCUGUGCGUGGUACGCAACAGCAUCGGUGAGAAUUCCUUCGUCGCCGACGAGGUGAUCACCGCUAAGUCGGGCGUCAGGGUACGUGUCUCGAAUACGGACGCGGAUGGUCGCUUGGCUAUGGCCGAUGCUCUCUGUCAUAUAAAAGAAAUGGCCCUGUGCUCGGUUAAUCCGCAUAUUUUCACUGUCGCCACGCUAACAAGCCACGCGAUGCUCACCGUCGGUCGCGGAUACUCGAUCGCUAUGGACAAUGCAGUGGCGCGUUUAGUCAGCAACGCCGAGAAACUCCAAGCUUCCGGAGAGACAAUGGGCGAUCCAUUCGAGAUAUCAAGGAUACGAAGAGAGGACUUCCACUUCCACGAAGGCCGAACGGAAGGCGACGAUAUUUACCAAGCGCCGCCUAAAGGCAGUAGCGUGACGAACAGAGGGCACCAAAAUCCAUCCGCCUUUUUAAUUAUGGCUUCCGGCCUGGACAAGCACGGAGCCUGUAGCUGUUCUCCCUUAAAAUACACGCACAUCGACAUAUUCGCACAUGUGCCCGAUCCUCACCACCUACCCUACAGCGGUAACCCCGUCCUGGCUCUGGCCUACUGCUACUUAAUCCAAGGCAAAUGUCUCACUGUACGGAACGACCUGCCCUUCGAGAUGCAAUACGUCUGCGAGGUGGAUUGCAAACCCGUGUGCCUUCAACCCUGUCAACCAUGUUAUCCACCGUGCCGUGCUGCAUGCGAUGUGAAGAUAUGUCCUCCACCAAGCUGUUCCUGUUGUCCUCCGUGCACUCAACCCUGUGAUCCAUGUUGUCCUCCAGCUUGUCCACCUGCCCCUUGUGCACCUUGUCCACCCUGUCCACCGUGCGGGCAAAACGUAACCAUCGUUGAACCCGUCUGCAGACCGAACGUUCCGAAAUGUGUUAACUGAAACGACUGUUUUCUAAUAAAGUUUUAUUUUCGAAUAAA